AUGAGAAUGCUUGUGAAAAAUCGUACCCAUUUUCGCCAUACUACGCUCCACCACUUGGAGAAAGAUCGGGAUGCGGCACAGCUAUUUCGCGAUCUCAACUACCUUUUUGGCGAUGGUACAGUCAGCAAAAGCCAAGUUGAAAGAAUGUUCGGGAGGUUCAAAUCGGGCAACACUAACCUCGCAGAUGAAGAAGGAAGAGGGCGACCAUCAGAUUUUGACCACGGGGUGCUUUUGGCAGCCCUGGAAGAGGGCGGAAGCUUGAAAACCAGAAUGUUGGCCGAUGAUAUCAUUGUGAGCCAUUCCGAUCAUAGUUCGUCGUCUCAAAAAUAUUGGGAAGGUAUGGGAAUUAGAUGA